AUGUGGCCCUUUCCAACAUAUCCAGAAAAGACAGCGGGUGAUGUAGCCGGAAAGACGUUCGACUACAUCAUUGUCGGUGGCGGUACGGCUGGAUGCCUAAUUGCGCACCGCCUUUCAGCCUCCCCAAACGUCUCAGUUCUAGUUUUAGAUAAGGGUCGCGUCAACGCCGGGUUGCUCUCACGGAUUCCUCUCCUUGGCAUCCUCCAGGGCGGGGUCGUCCGCUAUCAUGCUGAACCCAACGAGCAUUUGCGUGGGCGGCAUGUGCAACUUCUCGCUGGCGAAAUGUUGGGUGGUAGUAGUCGCGUUCACUCCAUGACAUGGAGUCCCGGCGGGCGCCCUGAAUUCGACGGCUGGGCGCGUGAGCUGGGGUUGGACGAAUGGAGCUGGGAGAAGGUAUUGCCGGCUUUUGCACGGGUUGAGAAGGGAAUCCCACGCAAGCAGGCAGGCGAUCUAGGUCUCAUGCCGUAUGUAGAUGCGGCGAUGGAAAGAGUAGGCCUAGGUGAUGGAGGGGGAAAGCGAGGCACUCAAAGAUAUAACCGCAGCGAGGUCUCGGUUGAUGCGGAUGGGAACAGGGUCUCUGCGUUGACUGCAUGGCUGGAUAAAUCGGUUGUGAACGAGAGGAAGGGGCGACUGACGGUGUGUACAGGCGUGUCAGCGACAAAGCUUGAGUUUUCGGAUGACGGAACGAGGGUGACAGGUGUCUGGAUUAACCCUGGGAGGGGUGCGGACAUUUUGGUCAAGGCUAAGCAAGAGGUGAUUCUCUGUAGCGGCGUUUUCGGCACGCCGCAGCUACUAAUGCAAAGUGGCAUCGGCCCUAAGGAACAUCUGUCCGCUCACAAAAUCCCAGUGGUACAUGAUCUCCCUGCAGUGGGUGCACAUCUGACUACCCAUAUCCUUGUACCAGUGAUGACCGAACUCCCACUCAAGCAUACACUACAUAUCGUUCAGACGGUUGCUAUAUUAUGGCACUUUUUGCUGUGGCUCUUCUCUGGCACUGGGGUGCUUUCCUCUAACGGUCAAUGGGGCGCCGCGUUUUUGCACUCGGAUACGCUCAAUGAGGCAACAAUGACAGUGGUCCCUCCCGAAGCCAGCGACAAGGAAGUCACUGACCUUGAAAUAUUAAUUUGCCCAAUUAGCACGCUUAUCGAGCAUGGCGUUCCCGGAGUGCCCUGUAUGACUUGGUACGCGGCUCUUGUACAGCCGUACACCACAGGCAGUGUUGAGCUCUCGUCUGGCUCUGACACGAAAGCGCCCCUAAAGAUUACCCUCCCAUUGCUCAUAGACGCUCGCGACAGUGCGCGGCUGCGUAAGGCAGUGCGGUUCGCCAUGCGGUUGGCAGACGAGUUUGCGGGACCGGACGUUGGGUAUCCACACCCGGCACGUUUAACGAUGGCUCCUGGAAUGGAGUUGGAGUAUGUAGAUGGUCUCCUGGAUAAGACCAAGAGCAAGAGUGACAAGAGAAAGCUUACAAGGAUGUUUCCACCACAGAGGGACGCUUGGAGGACUGUGACUGAUACUGAGAUUGAUGAGUACAUAAAGCGGUUGGUGACAGGGAGCUAUGAUCCUGCUGGCACCUGUCGGAUGAGCCUUACAAAGGAGGAGGGCGUCGUAGAUCAGAACCUGAAAGUGUACGGAGUGCACAACUUGCGAAUUGCAGAUGCAAGUGUCCUUCCCCGGUGUGGAGGUGCCUCGAUCUCAGCGUCCAUUUAUAUGAUUGGGGAGCGGUGCGCUGAGUUUAUCAUGAAGCAGGAUGGUUUUCCUUCUUAG